AUGCCGCCAACAAAUGAUCCCAAGAAGCCAUUCCAUAUCGCAGUAUGCGGUGGAGGAAUUGGGGGUCUUGCCUUAACUAUUGGACUUCUACAUCAACAUAUCUCAUGCACUGUUUACGAGGCAGCCCAUGAGUUUGCGGAGAUAGGCGCAGGCGUCUCCUUCGGUCCUAAUUCGAUCCGUGCAAUGUCCCUCCUCGACCCAUCGAUAGAAGAAGGUUACAGAAGUAUCGAAACUCGAAACGCCUGGGAUUCCAAAAAACCAAUUUGGUUCGACUUCCGACUAGGAAUGAAGCCAGAGACUUGGGAUGAAUCUUUUGGAAACCCAGUUGGAGAGGAUGGCCAAUGGAUAGCUGCUCCCGAAGCCGGGCAUGAUGUAGGCCAGUGUAGUGUUCAUCGUGCACAUUUCUUGGAUGUUUUGGUGAAAAUGGUCCCUGAUGGGGUUGCCAAGUUUGGAAAGCGCGUCGAGGAGGUUGUAGAGUUACCGAGUGGGAAAAUGGAACUUACAUUUCAUGAUGGCUCAAAGGCGGAGGCAGACGCAGUAAUAGGCUGUGACGGUGUAAAAUCUCGUACCCGCCAAAUCAUUCUUGGUAAAGACCAUCCUAGUACGAACGCUUCCUUUACGGGCAAGUACGCUUAUAGAGGCUUGAUCCCAAUGGAAAAGGCUAUUGAGGCUGUAGGAGAAGAGCUUGCGGUAAACAGUCAGAUGUAUCUUGGUCAUCAUGGUCAUAUUCUCACAUUUCCUAUUGAGAAAGGCAAGACGAUGAAUGUGGUCGCAUUUAGAUCUAUGGAUGGGGAAUGGACAGACGAGAAAUGGGUUUUGCCUAUGAAGAGAGAGGAUAUGGUCAAGGAUUAUGAGGGUUGGGGAGCCCAUGUCUCCAAGAUAUUGCCUUUGAUGGAAAAGCCAGACAUUUGGGCUCUCUUCGAUCACCCAGCAGCACCUACAUAUUACAAAAAGAGAUUCGCAAUGCUUGGCGACGCAGCUCACGCAUCUACACCCCAUCAAGGCGCUGGCGCCGGUCAAGCAAUCGAAGACGCCUACGUUCUUUCGUCUCUUCUUGGUGAGAUCAACAGCGUUGAUGAUAUUGAAAAGGCAUUCAAAGCAUAUGAUACUAUCAGAAGGCCGAGAAGCCAAAGGGUAGUGACUACAAGUCGAGAUGCAGCGAGGAUAUACGAGUUUGAGGAUGAAAAUCUGGGAAGCGAUUUAGAGAAGAUUCGGGAGACACUGGGAGAGCGAUUUAAAUGGAUAUGGGAUGAGGAUAUGGUAGCGCAGAAGGACAAGGCUUUGCAAUUGCUUAGGGAUGAAGGUGUAAAGGUGGAAUUAUGA